AUGGUGGAUAAUAUCCACAAUAGAGAUUAUGACAAUCUUGGUCCCAACAUAAUAGUCUCGUCUCCCUCACGGCAGCAUGUAUAUAUUGGAAACAUACAAUCAACGGCAGAAUUAAAAAAGCAUUUGCAAGAACAAAUAAACGAAAAUGCUAAUAAGAUACAAAUGACUGCAGAACUGGGUGCUGCACUUGUAAAACAACAAACUGAAUUAGAGAGUCAAAUACAAGAACUAGAUAAAACUCAAGGAGACGAAGUUCCUCAAGAAUUAAAAAAUAAAUUAGUCGAACUCGAUAAAGCAGCGAAAGCUUUAGAUGCAAAUGCUGCAAAAGUAUUUCUAGACACUAAAGGACUGGCUGAAAUAGAUUUAGAUGAGAAUACUUUAGACGCAACGACUGCAGCGCCCGCAGCAGCGGGAUCAAAACUCUCAAGGCGUGAACGUAACAACGCAAAAGGUCGACAAAAGGAUAUAGAAUUUGCGACAGAAAUAGGACAAGGCUUGUUGGUCGAAGUUAGACGUUUACAAGCUUUACUACAAGAAAAAGAAGAACGAAUAAAAGAACUUGAGAUUGAUAAAUCUGAGUUUGAACGUACUAUUGAACAACUUAACAAAACAAUACGAACGAACAAAGAAUCAGAAGAACGGUUAAAUGAACAAAUUUGGUCUCUUGAACUUGCGAGGCAAGAGCUUAGUAAUCAAAUAGAGGAACUUCAACAACAACUUGUCAGAACUCGUGUUGAUUAUUCAAAAGUCGAAAGGGCACUUUCAACUGCAACUGAUGUUAUCGAACAACUUAAAGAUAAAGAAGAGAAAUUGACGGUAAAUAUCGAGAAUUUGAAGGCUCGCCACGAACAAGAUAUGGCAAAUAAGCGUAGACAUAUCGCUGCAGUUAAUGGUGAGAAAGCUGAUCUCUCAAAAACUAUUGAAGAUUUACAGUCUCAAUUGGAAUAUUUAGUAAAUGCCUCCAGAAUUAAGAAAAAACCUGAUAUUGCAUCAAAUGAUUUAUAUUAUGAUGAAAACGGGCAGGCUAUCGGCGAUUUAUCUAGUGGAAUGCAUCCAGGUGUCCUUGCUGCAUUACAAAACAAUAAUUUGAAUAUUGAAGAAACCCUGAAAGCGCUUAAUGCUUCGAACCGUAUGAUUGGUAAUCUUCGUGCUAAUCUUCAAAAAGAAAAAAGUGAAAAAUAUGAAUUAAAGAAACUUUUAGCUGAUAGUCAAGAACAAAUAGAAGCGAUACAUAUUAUUGAAAGUAAAGAACCUUCUAAUGACAAUGAAUUUGGCUAUCAACAUAAAGAUGGUUAUUCUAGUGAAGCACAUUCAAUUUACAGUGAAGAAGAUAUCAUUGACAAAAGUAAUCGGCCAUCAUCGGAUUGGUUCGAUAAAAGUAAUCGGCCAUCAUCGGAUUGGUUCAAUACUCGCAAAUCUAAUACUCUAUCUAAAAGUUCUAGAAGUAGUCGAAUCUCUAGUCAGGCUUCUUCUCUAUUUAAGAAGCGAUCUUUAGCGGAUGAAAGUAUUUCUGAUGUCGAAGAAGAAAAUGAAGAUAUGGUUAAAACACAAAUAUCUGAAUCGUCUAUUAUCGACGAAGAUAUUUCUUGUGAAGAAGAGGAAGAAGAAAGUGAUGAUAUAGUUAAAGCACAAAGAGCUGAAGCACUUCGAAAAUUGGAUGAAAAUAGUUCGACUAGGUCUCGAAUUUCUAAUAAUGUUGGCCAAGAUAUUAAAGUUAAUGAAUCUGAAACUCUCGAGGAUAUCUUUGGUGGUUAUCGUAGGGAGUCAAAUGUUCAAGGGCACGAAGAUGAGGAUACCAUCGCGAAUAGAGAUAGUAAAGUUGAAAGUGUUAUUCAUAGAAGUGAUAUGCAAGAUUCAAUAUACGAAAAUACUGAAUAUAGUGAUGAACCAAAAACACCCAAAUAUGAAAAAAGAAACACAUAUACUGAAUAUA